AUGGCGAACAAACAGUUGAUCGUAGCCGUUGAAGGCACCGCUGCCAUGGGUCCCUUCUGGCAAACCAUCGUCUCUGAUUACCUCGACAAGAUCAUAAGGUAUUUUUGUGGAAAUGAGUUGGCAGGGCAGAAGCAAUCUGCUCCCAUUGUCGAGCUGUCUCUGGUCAUGUUUAAUGCUCAUGGAUCUUACAGUGGUUGCCUAGUACAACGGAGUGGCUGGACAAGAGAUGUUGAUAUUUUCUUUCAGUGGCUUUCAGCUAUACCCUUUGCUGGUGGUGGUUUCUGUGAUGCCGCGAUUGCAGAAGGGCUUGCUGAAGCUUUAAUGAUGGUCUCUUCUCCAAGUGGAAGCCAUGCUCAACAAAAUACAGAUAGGAGGCAUUGCAUUCUUGUCGCUGCAAGUAACCCUUAUCCCUUACCCACACCGGUUUAUCGACCACAACUGCAGAACUCAGAGCAGAGUGAAAACAUAGAAUCACAAGCAGACAGUCGACUAUCUGAUGCUGAGGCAGUUGCUAAAUCAUUUGCACAGUGUUCUGUUUCUCUGUCAGUUAUUUGUCCAAAGCAACUUCCAAAACUUAGAGCAAUCUACAAUGCGGCAAAACGCAAUCCACGGUCAGCAGAUCCGGCUGUUGAUAAUGCUAAAAAUCCUCAUUUUCUUGUCCUAAUCUCGGAGAAUUUCAUGGAGGCUUGUGCUGCUGUAACUCAGACUGGAUUGACUAAUUUGACAUCCAAUCAAAGUCCGGUAAAAAAGGAUGUAGCUUCAGUUCCUUCGGUUUCAGGGCCGCCUUCAACUACUAUUCCAUCAGUUAAUGGAUCCAUUGUGAAUAGGCCACCAAUUUCCAUUGGAAACAUUCCUCCUGCAACUGUCAAACUUGAGCCAAGCACUGUGACUUCCAUUGCGUCUGGACCUGCUUUCAUGCAUAUUCCAUCUGUUCCUCGUGCUGCUUCUCAAGCAGUUCCAACCUUACAGACUUCUUCACCAAUAUCGGCUUCUAAGGAGAUGAUCUCGAAUUGCGAGAAUGUGCAAGAUAUGAAACCUAUGGUUAGUAGUAUGACACAGUCCUUACGUCCUGUGGGUGCUGCAGCAAACGUGAGCAUUCUUAACAACCUCUCUCAAGCACGGCAAGUGAUGAACUCUGCAGCUUUAACAGGAGGAACUUCUAUAGGACUUCAACCAAUGGGUGGAACUCCUGUUGCCAUGCACAUGUCAAACAUGAUAUCCAGCGGAAUGGCAUCUUCAGUGCCUGCUGCGCAAACUUCAUUAUCAUCUGGACAAUCAGGGAUCCCAUCAAUGUCUGGCUCUGGGACACUAGCAGGGAGUGCACAGGUUGCACAAAACUCAGCUCCUGGUUCAUUCAAUUCCUCAACUACUACUAUGCCGGGGAAUUCAAACCUUGGCAUGUCACAACCAUUGAGUAAUCAUCAGGGAGGUGUCAGUCUGGGGCAAUCGGUACCUGUCAUGAGCCAAGGAAACCUUUCAGGGGCACAAAUGGCACAAAGUGGAAUGGGGAUGAAUCCAAACAUGAUGAGUGGCCUUGGCCCAUCUGGUUUAUCUGCCGGAACAGGCACAAUGAUUCCUACUCCAGGAAUUCCUCAGCAGGUGCAACCAGGAAUGCCGCCGCUUGGGGUGAAUAACAAUUCAGCAGCUAAUAUGCCACUGAACCAACAAACAUCAAGUGCUUUGCAGUCAGCACAAUCUAAAUAUGUAAAAGUUUGGGAGGGAAGCUUAUCUGGGCAGAGACAAGGCCAGCCUGUUUUUAUCACCAGACUAGAGGGUUACAGGAGUGCAUCAGCGUCCGAGACGCUUGCAGCAAAUUGGCCACCAACAAUGCAAAUAGUUCGGCUUAUAUCUCAGGACCACAUGAACAACAAGCAAUAUGUUGGAAAGGCAGAUUUUCUAGUUUUUCGGGCGAUGAAUCAACAUGGUUUUCUUGGACAACUGCAAGAAAAAAAACUUGUAAGUGGUCUAAGGUCUGACCUUUUUUUCCCCUCAUCUGUAUUUAUCGAACGCCAACACUAUGCAAAGGAAUGGUAGAAGUCAUGUAGAAUUAAGGUAAGUCAUUUAGUUUGUUAACCCUCCCCCUUUUUCUUCUCUUUGGCGUGAAGGUGAUUUACUUCACUAUAGCCUAGCCGAAGGCAGGAUAUGAAACCAGGUCUUUGUUAUAGCUAUCAGAUAGGAUAGAUGACAACUUCAC